AAAGUACGGCCUGUUAAAUCUGAACAACUUCUCCGCAUAGAGGAUCAUGAUUUUGCAAUGAGACCUGGCUUUGGAGGAUCACCAAUACCUGUGGGCAUUGAUGUGCAAGUAGAAAGUAUUGACAGCAUUUCAGAAGUUGACAUGGACUUCACAAUGACUUUAUACCUCAGACAUUACUGGAAAGAUGAGAGACUCUCAUUUCCUAGUACCAGAAACAGAAGCAUGACCUUUGAUGGAAGACUAAUAAAAAAGAUCUGGGUACCUGAUAUAUUUUUUGUUCACUCUAAAAGAUCUUUCAUCCAUGACACGACUAUGGAGAAUGUUAUGUUACGUGUCUACCCAGAUGGCAAUGUGCUCUUCAGCUUACGGAUAACAGUUUCUGCCAUGUGCUUCAUGGACUUCAGUAGGUUCCCACUUGACACUCAGAACUGCUCCCUAGAGUUGGAAAGCUAUGCCUACAAUGAAGAAGAUUUGAUGCUGUAUUGGAAGCAUGGCAACAAAUCACUGAGCACGGAUGAGCACAUUUCCCUUUCCCAGUUCUUCAUCGAAGAAUUCAGUGCUUCUAGUGGACUGGCGUUUUACAGCAGUACAGGUUGGUACAAUCGACUUUUCAUAAACUUUGCCCUGAGGAGGCAUAUUUUCUUUUUUGUUCUACAAUCCUAUUUCCCAUCUAUGCUGAUGGUGAUGCUGUCCUGGGUUUCAUUUUGGAUUGACCGAAGAGCUGUUCCUGCGAGAGUAUCACUUGGUAUAACUACUGUGCUGACAAUGUCAACCAUAAUCACAGGACUGUAAAUUAUCUCACCACAGUGGAAG